GUUUUUUUAAUUUUUCCCCUCAGCCCCCGACGAAUGCAAGGGAACCGCGACGGUUCGUGGUCUCUAAACGCCUCCACGAGCAACAGUGGAAGCGGCAGAGGCAACGGAAACAUCAUCAACACCGUUCCCGGUGGAGGAGGAUACCUUCCUCAGGCGAAUCCCGUGUUUCCCUAUUUCAAUCAACAACCUAUUAGAUACCCUCUCCCUCAGUUUCCGGCGAAUUUUUACCGCCCUUGUUUCCCAGACUUCUCCCUCGGAAACCCUAAUUUUCAACCCCAGCCGAAUCUUAGCUUCCAUCAUCAACAACAAAUCCCUCACCAGUUUGGGGCUAACGCUAAUGUUUUCCUUCAGAACCAUAGCCAGAACAGCUUCUCUUUCCCUCUUCAAUCAUCUCUGCCUAGUAACAACGAUAUCAGUACCUCCUCUCAGAACCACGAUAGCUCUUCCUUUAAACGAAGACGGCAAGAGGAGGUUGUUGUACAGGGGACUGAUGUUGUCCCCCCGAGUUCUGAUUUUGCUAUUGGUGAGAGUGCUAAUUCCUUUAGUGUGACUCUACCGAUCUCUGCUACUCAUAAUGUAUCUUUGGAUAAGUCAUCGGCAAAACCGAAGCGCAAAGUUGAAGUUAUGCGGAUUGAUAAGGCGGUUAACAAGACGCGUAAAGCAGUCGCUGCUGCUGGAGAGAGUGUUUCUUCGACUAGAGUGUCCAGAGCGGUUCUUGAAGAACUUCAGGCUGAUUCUUGGCGUUCCUUGGGUGUUCAAAUGCAAGAUGUUCCUUCUCUUCGUCAGCUUAUGGCCAUUGAAGGCAAGAUCAAUGCAUUUAUUCACUGCUUCGUUGGGGCUAGAAGAAUCGUGACCCUGUAUGAUUUGGAAGUGGCUAUUUGCCGGAACGAGUUUGUUGAUUCUUUCGAUGAUUUGGAAUUGGGACCUUUGCUGCAGCAUCCACUAGUCUUGCUUUAUUUUCCAUCCAUAUCCAGUUCUACUGGCCCAGUUCAGAUCACUAGUGAGGAGAUAAUAACAUUUCUUGAUAGCUAUCUGCACACUUAUAUGAUAGAAGAUGUUAAGCUCGAUGAAUUUCUAAAUUUUGUUGCAAGCCAAAAGUCAGUUACAAGCAAGGAAAAGCUUGGUGUGCGUAUUCAGAGCUUGCGGAUGUAUGUAUCGUUCAUUCUAGACGCGAAGAGACAAGAAGGUGAAACAUUGAAAGUCUUACUGACUGAGCUGCAUCAAAAGUAUCACAUCCCCUCAUCAAAGAAACAACGGCAAGAUAAACCCUUAACUGUCUCUGAGCGUGCUGACUCAUUUGCUUUACAUCAUAAGGAUUACUGUGGCAAGCAUACAAGAUUUGAUUCAUCAAGCUCAGAUGAUAAUGAUAAUGUAUAUGAGGUUGGGAAUCUUAAUAGUUCUGACCAUAUCAAUAGUUGUCCAUAUCCAUCUGUUGCGGAAGAGAUGAAGCGGCUCGGGGGCUCCAAUAAGAAAAGGAAGGGUGAAAAACGUAAUCACGAAAAAUCUGAUUCGUCCAAACUGCUUAGAAAAGCCCCCUCUAAGUCACAAGGACNCAUCUUUUGUAGGAUGUAUGUAUCGUUCAUUCUAGACGCGAAGAGACAAGAAGGUGAAACAUUGAAAGUCUUACUGACUGAGCUGCAUCAAAAGUAUCACAUCCCCUCAUCAAAGAAACAACGGCAAGAUAAACCCUUAACUGUCUCUGAGCGUGCUGACUCAUUUGCUUUACAUCAUAAGGAUUACUGUGGCAAGCAUACAAGAUUUGAUUCAUCAAGCUCAGAUGAUAAUGAUAAUGUAUAUGAGGUUGGGAAUCUUAAUAGUUCUGACCAUAUCAAUAGUUGUCCAUAUCCAUCUGUUGCGGAAGAGAUGAAGCGGCUCGGGGGCUCCAAUAAGAAAAGGAAGGGUGACAAACGUAAUCACGAAAAAUCUGAUUCGUCCAAACUGCUUAGAAAAGCCCCCUCUAAGUCACAAGGACACGCAAAACAAGAGAUACCUAAAUUGGCUGAUGGUUCUGAUGCUAAGAAGGUUUUCAGUGUCGAUGAGGCUGAUUUCACACUUUCUGAAGGAGAUUUAAGGUUGUUUAUUUCAACUUGGAAAGACACAUGUAAAGAGCUAAGCAUUUCUACCUUUGUCGAGAAGAUGUUGUCUUUUUACAACUUGGGGGGCUCUGAAGGA